AUGCUGAAACGUCCACAGAUGCUGGAAAGGCACAAGGUUGCCAGGUUGAAGUGGAGCAAAAAAAUGCUGCAGAAAGGGAGUUCGUAUUGGCGCCAGGUUGUUUUCUCAGAUGAGAAAAAAUUCAACCUAGAUGGCCCGGAUGGCGUGGCUUCAUAUUGGCACGAUUUACGGCGAGAGGAGAAGGUUUUCUCCACCAGGCACCAAGGAGGAGCAUCAUUGAUGCUUUGGGGUGCUAUCUCCGUUCGCGGUACGUCUCACUUAGUUCGCGUUCAAGGUACCAUGGACUCUACGCAGUACUGCAGUGUCUUGGAGGAGGACCUGCUGCCGUUUGCCGCUGAUAAUUUGGGAGAACAAUGGACUUUUCAGAAAGACGGUGCCUCUUGCCAUCGCUCUAAGUACACAAAAGCCUGGCUUGAUUCAAAGAACGUCAAUUUAUUGGAUUGGCCAGCCAAGUCCCCAGACCUGAACAUCAUUGAGAACGUUUGGGGUCUGCUCGCUCGGCGUGUGUAUGCUCAUGGGCGCCAAUUUGACAAUUUAGAGGACCUUGCUGAUUGCAUUAUAGAUUGUUGGUGUUCUAUCACAGAACAGUACCUAGGAAAGCUUUACGAUUCACUUCCCCGUCGCCUUGUAGAGGUGUUGGAGAAAAAGGGCGGUCCGACGAGCUACUAG